GUGUUGUCAUGGUGGUGCAACGAUGACGGUCCUGUCUUCCCCAAACUUUAUUAGACCUAAUGUUUCAUGGAGCUCCUCACAGUGUGGUGGAUCUACAAGGCUGAGUUGUGUUGCUGUCAUUAAGAGGUGUGACUGGUGGACGGUUAGCCUUUUCCUGUAGAAUAAUGGACGACCCAAUGAAUAAUGAGGAAAGCCCAAGACGUGACUUUGAUGAAAUGAGCAUCGCCUCUGACUUCAGCAUCAUACCUGAGAGUUUUGCUGGACAGGAAGAUUCACCUCUUACUGAAACCAGAAGCAUGGCUAGUGAAGGACUAAGGAGUGAAGAUCUUCAGCCAUCACUUGCAGCAGAGACUUCCUUUGGAAAGGUCCUCUUCCAGAGCAUCCAAGCAACUUACACAGCUGAUUCUGACAUUGCUGUUUCCUAUGUGUUGACUCCCAGUGUGACAGCCAAGUCAACAGACCGGGUUGCUCUCUAUCGUGUUGGGUUUGCAUCUCCCCAAGACUAUUUGUGUUACCGCUGGGCUCCGACCCCCAGUAAGGACCACACCCAGAACCAUCUGCCUCUUACUGUUGUCUUCAAAGCAAGUUCCUUGCCCAAGGAUGCAGGGGAGUUCUUCCAGUUCUGCUAUGUGACACAUGAAAGCCACAUCGUGGGUGUGUCCACCCCAUUUCAGCUACAGCAGAUGGGGUCCGUAGGAGUGAAUAUUGUGUGUGGGGUGGAUGAUGGGGAGGAUGGCAUGGUGAUGGUAUGCACUAAUGAAAGCAUCCUUCAUGACAAAGUUAACAAGUUGUCAAAGGAGAAUGAACAACUGCAGGGAGAUAUGAGCACACAGCAGCAGUUAGUGGAGGAGAAACAGAGAGAGCUGGAGGACAAGCUGCAGCAACUCAGUAUGUGUCAACACCACUUGCAGGCCCUGGAGACCAAGAUGAAGAAAGAGUCAAGUGAGAAGUGUGAAUUGAUGGGAAGAAUUGGUCAGGUGGUGGAAGAAAAAGGUCAUCUGGAAGACCGCCUCAAAACACUGGAACGUUCCCUGACUACUUCCACUGCUCAGAUGACAGAACUGGAAGGUCAGCUUCAAGCUGUGACCGAAGAAAAGAAUAAAUUGAAAGAGGAUCUGCUAGAGAUUCGCAAGCAUCGACAGGAUCAGGAUCUUGUCCUUAAAAAGUGCCGGGAAGAUUUGUCAGAGCAUCGAGAUGAACUUCAGGCUGUGAGGCUAAAGCUGGAACAGACCGGAACAGAGAGGGACGACGCAGUGAAGGAGCUGGAGUUCUGGACGUCUUCUGCUGCAACAGACAAGAGUGAGAUGAAUUCUCUGGCUCAUAAGUAUUCAAUGGUGAAUGAAGAACUGAUAAAUAAGAUUGGGGAGCUUGACCAGAAUAAGAAGAUAUCUCAGGAGCUGGAAGAGAGGUUGGCUAACUCAGUUUUCCAAAUGACAUCAACAAAGGAAAAGUUGAAAGACUUUGAGAUGAAACUUUCUGCUGCUGAAGAACAGAAGAGCAUUCAUGAGGAGCGAGAGGGAGUUGUUAACCAGGAUAACCAUCAGCUUAAAGCCACCAUCUGUCAGCUCAAGGAAAAGAUGGAACAGCUGGAAAGUGUUCAGGAGAGUAACCAGAGUGGACGAGAGGCUGCAGAAAGAAUCGCAGGUGAUCUGAGUAGUCGCUUGCAGACGGCCAAAGCCGAAUAUCACACUUUGGCCCUCACCAAUCUACGCCUGGCAAAGAAAAUUAAGAAGCUUCGUCAGUCUAUAAAUUCUCAGGUGGAAGCUGAUAUGACAUCUUCAGUAACCUCGCAGGCGAGUGCAUGGCUCCAGGUUGAGGGGAUGGAGGAAGAUGCUGAAGACCUGGAAGCUGCAGCUGGUGGGGAUGGGAUGGAAGUACCUGCAUCCAUGAUACAGUCAUGUUCAUCAGCAAUGACUGGAACAACUUGCUCCAGUUGCUCUCACACGACACAGCAGCUGAGCGAUGCAGUUCACCGCAAAAUGGAAGACAUAGUUCGAGAACUCUCUCAACAAAUUAAUUCGCUCAAGAUGCAGUUGCAGGCACGUCAAGAAGAGCAGAGUCCUCUUGCCGAAUGUGCUGCUCUUGAGCCCAGACAAUCAUUGGAACGAACACCUGAGCCAGAGCCUGAACCAAAAGAAGUUCAGGAAGAACAACAGCAACAAGGGGAGGAACAACCAGUGCGAGAAGAGGAACAGGAACAACGGCAGGAUGACGAACCUGCUGUAGCUCAAGAAGAAGAGGCAGCUUCAGUGGCUCAGGGAAGCCCUGAUGAGCAGCAGGUUCUAUAUAGCAAUAGCUUUUUGCCAGCUCCGCGCACUGCACCAGUCUUUCUUCCUGAAAAUGAAAGGCAAGUACCUGUCAUAAACCAGGAAGCUAAUGCUGCAAAUGUUAGGGCAUCAGCACCAUCUCCAACCCCCUCCAUGUAUCUUUACCUGCCUUGUGGCCAGGUGAAUGGGGCCACUGCCCCUGCAAUGAUCGGGAGUACCCCUUCCAAUGGUGCCUCACUCGUUGUAUCACAGGCACAUAUGCCAACCAAUCAGUCAAUGGCUGGUGCUGUUCUCCCUCCUCCACUACAACCAGAAACCACCCCAACAGCCAUUCAGGCAGCUGUAAUGAGCCAGUUUUCUAGUCAGCCUAUGCCUGGUAGCCAAGGACAUGAGUCAGAUGAUGAUGAUUUCCAUAGCACCAGUGACAAUGAUGAUGCAGUAAUCCUUAACACUCCACAGGAACAACAAAGCACGUUGUAUGACUGUCCACUGUGUAACCUCUCAUUUCAACCGGGCGCCAUAACCCUUCUGGAGGAACACAUCAAUUCUCAUCUUGAGCACGUGUGUCCAGUGUGCUCCAUGGCUUUCCAACGAAACAACCAAAAACGAUUUGAAGAGCAUGUUCAUGCCCAUUUUGCUGAUGAAGAAGGAUCAGAUGACCAAAACCCCCUGGAUGAUCCCUCAGGCCCCUGGGGUCCACAGUUCAGGGCAGCCCGCCUCCUAGAAAUUGACUAAGGAAUUAAUUGGAGAGUAAAGUACAUAGUAACUGUGACCUCUGAAGUGCAUGUCAAGGGUUGUACUGUAAUGUGUUUUGUUGCAGGUUCUGUUGCGUGAAGAAGAACCUAAGUCCAUGGCAUAAUUGUUUUCUUUUUCUCUUUAUGAUAUGUUUGAUGAAUGUAAUAUUUUCUGGUGUUAGCUUGUAUUAUUUUAGCCAUUUUCACACAUUUUGGCUCAUUGAAAUUACAGUGAAACGUUAUCUUGGAUUAGUUAUAUUAUGGUAAACAGAAUAAAUCCUGUUCUCAGUUUUCUAUAUACAGCACAGUACAGUAUCUUGUUUUAUAUGUAAGUUGAUACGCAUAUUGGAGACCGCAGCACCUGAAGUAGACUCUGCCUAUGAUGCUGUAGUGGAUAAGAGGUAUUAUAAUUUCUGAUAUCCAAUAAGGUAUAAAUUUGGUUAAUAGAUUUUGUAUAUUGAAGACAUUAAUAUUUGUGGUGGCUUGUACAAUAUAUUACUUGAAGAUAACAGAUUUAAAGAGUGAAAGUAUUAUUAAAAACUAUAUAUACAGUACAGUAUAUAUAUGAUUGAAUUUGUUUUCAAUGUAUACAUCCAAAAAAUAUUGCUCUCUCUAGGCAACAAAUUCCUAUGUAUGUCUUUCAAUUUCUUUCAUGUAGUUCAAAAUUUAUAUGGAAGAAGUACAGUAUGUGGUAGAGAAGGAUGAAGACACAACUAUGUAAAUCACAGUUGGAGAAGUCACAUUUUAAAGCAAAACAUUGCCAUACAUAAUUGUUUCAUGUUAUUGUAUGUGUGAUAUCAUUCAGACAGGCCAUCCAUUCUUAUCGAUGGUGUGUGUGGGAGCGUCUGUUCCACUUGUUCUUAUGCAGGAAGUUCAAUUAUGAUGUACAUGUGCAGAUAAAAAGAGCCUCGAUCCCUUACCACAUAACAAACACACUUAGAUUAAUGUCACAGUUCAAGUGAGGGUGAUAAAGACCUUUAAUGGUAGUGCUUCAGUUUGGAAAAAAAAUAUUAUUAUGUUUUGAUGUUUAUUUCAAGUACACUAUUAAAUAUGUGGUUGAUUUAUAUAUUCCUAUGACACAAGGGUUUAAUAUAUCAGACUUGAAUGUUGAGGGGGUAAAGAACUUGAGGGUUCUUCUGUUGAGUGAAAUAUGUGAGGGAAACUUAGGCAGGCAGACAGAGUUGAGUGUAGGCAAGUUGAAUUUUGAAUGAGAUUUUUGAAGAUUAUUAAAUAGAGGACACCUAUUUGUCAUAGCUUCAGAGAUAGUGAUUGAAUAUGAGUUCUUAUUAGAUUUCAUAAUUGUUUAAUUUACCAUAAUAUAAUACUGUGAAUAACACAAGGAGGAGGACAAUGAUUCACAAGGGGACUGAGACAGUGAGGCACUCUACUGUUAUGGGAUUAAUACACAGUUAUAUUAGCAUUUAUUAGAGGUUAAUGGUGCAUAUUAUUUGGUUGUCAUUAAAUUUAAUAUUUUAUUGAUGCUGGAAAUCUGCCUUGUGUGGUCCAUUAGUGGAAGUAAUUUAAGAUGUACAUAAAACUUCACAGUAUUUAGUAUAAAGUAGAAUUUCUUAUCACUAAUCUUGAGAUCCAAGUACAGUAUAUUAGUUAUAUUUUCUGAGUACAGUACAUGUUAAGAAACUGAGUAAGUUUAGUGGUAUCUAAUUCUGUUGCAGGGCAAGAUUAUCUGAGCUACAGUAGAGAUUUUGUGGAAUUUAGUCUUAUAUUUUCCACUGUCUUGUAGAUUUAGGAAUCUUAAACAGUAUUGAAUUUGGUUGUAAUAGGCCAGAGAAAUAAUUAUAAAAUUGGUAUCAGACUUGUAGAAUACAGUAGCAAGUCUUCUCUACACUAGUGUCUUAGAUGAUUUUUCUCCACUUCAAAAAUAUUACUACAUAAUAGGCUCAUAUAUUUGAGGGAAUACUUUUUUUUAACAUGUCAGUGAGCCGUUACUCUCGUAAAAUGAAGAUUAACGUUUGACACCAACGUGGUACAAUAUUGAAAUGGAGAGUCUUGGUUCGUCCUCAAAAUUUUGGUCUUAUUAUUUGUCUUUGGUGAUUUUUCCUGAAUACAGUAUUGCAUUGUACUUAGAUGUUCAGGGUUAUCUUUACAUUUUAGGAACACUUUACCCCCAAAUGUUUAGUUAUUUGGUUGUUCACCUGCCAGUGGCUGCUUUAUUUAUCUUGAAACUACACUAAGCUGAUGACACAUAAUGUAUUGAAAUGGUAAGAAAGGUCAUUUUAGGUGUGCAGCCCAGGGGAAAAAGUUGAGAGUAUUGUUUGGGAGUACAGGUACAGUAUAUCCCAUUUUACCAGGUACAGUAUUUGGAAAUUGCUGGUCUUUGUUAGCUACAAGUGGUUGACCAGGACACUGAAAGACUGCAUCACAAGUGAAGAUGCACAGGCAAUGUAAUUUUUAAUGUCAGUCAAAGAAAUAUAAACGGAAAAGAUUUGUAAUAGAGGCUGAUUCCCAUACACUAAAAACUAUAUCAGUUAGAACCCUAAUAUUUUAUGUAAAUCUAACCUAAUAGUUUCAGAAAGACGUUACAUGAUCCAUACAAUUGAUUACCUUAAAGGAAGUGCUGAAAGUGUCCACCAUCUUGUUGCAGGCACAUAUUUAUUCUUAUCAGCAUGCCCUCCAACACAGUGUAGCAUUUGUUGGGCAAGGUUGCUGAUUGUGUCGCUGAUUAUUGCCAGGAGUGCGUGGAUUUGUAACGUACACCAUAUCCUUCAAAUAUCCCCACAAAAAGAAUUGUGAUGGCGUAAGAUAUGGGGAUCGAGGUGCCCAUAUUGCCUUGGACACUACACGAUCAUCGCAGAGUAGCCCGAGCUCGUUGAUGCUGUACCGUGAAGUGUAAUACUGUACCUGCUAACUCUGAGGACCAUGUUAAGUCUUUCUCUAAUAUUUACACAAAAUUUGGGUUCCUAACUUAUCUAUUUUUUUAAUGUACUGUAUGGGAAUUAUUUAAGGUUCUCAAAUUAAAAUAAUCAGCCUGUUUGUUAUGUAGUAGUUAAUAGCUGUAGGAGUUGUAUCCAAUUAGUAUUGCUACUAAUAACAGUCAAAUUGUUGGACCAAGGGAACACCAAACUUAAAACUCUUUGUUUUUAUUACUGCAUAUGUUGUUUAUUAUAAGAAUAAUGGUCAUUUAUCAGGCGAUAGAAGGCUGUUAGCAGAACUUUUGACACACUUGAGCAAUAAUAAAUGGGAUAUAGCGAUAAAUCCUUCACUCUAGAAUAUUGAACACAGUUCAUUACUGCUGAAGCUGCUCUGUAGUGAGUUAGCUUACUCUUUCCCAGCUUCAUAAUUACUGUAGUAAAUUAGUAUUGGGUUAAAAUUGUUCAUCAUAGGGUCCAACUUUGCACAUUUAUUUAUGCAGUAAUUAUAGUUGUGGGGGUGUUGUCAUCACUCAUUCUCUUUGACUUAAAACUAUAUGUUGUGUUAAUAUGUCAUUUGUUUCAUUACCUUAAUAAAUCAGACAUUGACAAUUUAGUUUAACUGAGAUUUGGAGACUGAUUCAAUCUACUUUUGUAGUAGUGGUUUUUUCUACUGUCAAUAUACAGUAAAUGUGUUAAUCUCUCAUAACAACCAAAAAUUCUUGAUUUGGUGAAAAUUACAUUGUUUGGUUUUAUGUUUGUCAACUAAAUGUUUGUGUUGUAGUGUGUUGGGUAUAAAUCUUGUGCUAGUUUUGUAUGUCCCAGUAAUACUGUACACUGUUGGAUGGAGAUACACAAAUUAUAUACUGUAACUACUUACUGUAUCCUUAUAAAUGUGUUCCUGUAUAUGGGGAUUAUUAAGACAAGUCUCAGUUAACGUGUCAAUAUUUUAUAGUCCUGUAAUAUAAGCGGCUUAGGACAGGAAUGUAAGGUCCUGCAAUAAUCAGAAUAUUUUAUUAAUAAUAAUUCACCUUGAUUUGUUCCUCAAUCGCUACUACAAAUUAUUUCCACAACAAAUUUAUGACCUUUCUUCUAAUUUCUUGCAUGCUAUGAUUGUCAUAGCUCUGUGAUAGGAGUUACCAAAGUAUGUAGCAACACAACAUAAGCUUAUCAUUUAUUCUUAAUUAUUUGCAGCAUGUAACAAUAGUAUGAUGAAAUACAGUAUACUAAUAGUG